UCCGGCCAACUAAAUCCGUAGAAACAAACACACAAGAGGCGGAGGAGCCAAUCUCCACGUAGUACGUACAUCCAGAUUCACCACGCUAGCUGGGGCGUCCCGCAGCUUUCCCGCGCCGAACGAACGAGCACGAUGAUGUGGGAGGACAUCAUGGCCCUCGUUGCUAUCCUCGUCGCGGCAUUGGGCGUCUGCCUAAUCUGGUGCAUGGCACCAGCUGCAGAGGUGGAGCAAGGACAUAACGUGCCCCCCAUGGGUCGAAGGAGGGGGAGGUGGCCGGGCUCGCAGCCGCGAAGGCCGGCGCCGGCGGCGCGGGUCGUCGUGGGGAAGCCGCAGCAGCUGGUCUACUUCUCGUACCCCGCAGCGCCCGACGCGGAGGGCGGCGGAGGGACGGCCGCAGGGUCGGUGGUGGUGUGCGCCAUCUGCCUGGAGGCGCUGGUCGGCGGGGCGGAGUGCAGCGAGGUGCCGGCGUGCCGGCACGUGUUCCACCGGGGCUGCCUCGCGCUGUGGAUCAAGAGCAAGAGCACCUGCCCGCUCUGCAGGGAGCUUGUCGUGGCAGGGUCAGAACCCCUCACGGCUGCCGAGGCCAUGGUUUAGUUUAACUGGUCUAGAUCUAGCCCAUGCCGACGGAUGAUGAAGCUGUUGUUUGCUGGGAAAAUAUCUAGUGCCUCCCAGGCUUGGGGUGCUCCCGGUGCUCCAAAUGUCCGAAAAACAUUUUUUAAAUGUUCAAAAAAUUCUGAAAAAAAUGCAGCACAUCGACGGAACAUCGAUGUCUCUUGUCACAAAAAUUCAAAUCAAAAUUCGGAACAUUGCUCGAGAUACAAAAAUGACAAAUUUAGCUGUUGUACUUGCGCGCAUUUUUCAGAUUCUAUGUGGGCUUUCUUGCAAAAAUGUUCACCAUCUCACAGGAGCUGUUGGAUUUGAGAUCCAACGGCUGAGGUCGCACGGGAGCACCUAAGCUUAGGUGCUCCCGGAGCACCAGAUAUUUUCCCGU